UAGAGCUGCUUCACGUGGGGUGGGAGAGGCAGUACUGCCUGAUGAGAAGGAGCCUUUGGCCUCUUAAAGGGUAGGAGAUGGUUUCAGGGCGCUGGUCUCCUUGGAGGUGUCCGGGUAGCUGGGACAAGGGGCUGUGGCAGGAGGGACAGUCCUGCCAGGGGGCAAAGGUGGCACUGUGGGGGGGACAGUGCUGGUGGCAGGAGGCUUGAGGAGACCAAGCUUGUCCAGCCCUCUGCAGGAGCAGCCCAUCUCAAGGCCUUGCCAUGAGUGUUGUCUGGUCCCCAGCCCUGCUGCAGGGUGAUGCCAGGGGAGAAGGAACACUCUGAGCCCAGAGCGGGCAAUGGAGGGGCUGGGGGGUGUUGGCACUGCCAGGCCCCUUUCUAUAAGUGACUUGGGGAGGUUUGCUCCCCCCUCUCCAGCAAUGUCACAGCCUUGAUGUGCUCAGCUCGGGGAGAGGGAGAUAAAUGCUGAGAUGGCAGGCGGCUGGGAGGGGGGAUGCGCUCACACACAGUGCUUAAUGGGGAAGGAUGGGAUUACAGGGGUCACGCUAGGUGAGCAGCUUCCUUCGCCGAGCUGAUGGUAUCAAAGCAGGUGCCCCCGGCUGCAAAUACCUUGGGCAAACAAACAGGGUUGUCUAAGAGCAGGUGAGCUUGGGCAUGGCCAGGCUGGGGGGUGCUCAGGGGUGACGGGGGGCAGGAGGCUCUCUGUGCGUGAGGAGUGAAGCGUGGAGCUCCCAAUGUGAGGGCUGCGUUGUUUUGCAUAGGGUGGGGGGAAAAAUGAAGUUGUUGUAUGUCUGCGUACGUAUAUGGGCUCCACAUGCUAGAGAGGCAUGUAAGGGGAUAGAGCCUGUCGCUCUCCCAUGGGGUGAUGGAGGUGCCAGUACCCAGGGGGCCAAAUGAUGCCCCAACCCAGUUGAUGGCUCAGGGCUUGCUCUAGAAGGUGGUUGGCCCUGAGCAUCCCUCCUCUCUGCUGCAUUUUGGGGCUUUGCAUGCUGACAUUGGUGGGGAUGGAUCCAUCGCUGCUCCAGCAGCACCAGGGGAACCCUGGCCCUGGCUGAGUCAUGCAGCAGAGAAACGUGGCCAUAGCAUGGCUUGACAUGGAGGUCACCAUGCAUGAGCAGUAUGGUCAUGCACCCAUGCUGCCACACUAUCCGUAGCUCUCCCAAACCAGCCUGCUGCACCUGGUGAGGGGCUUGGGCUGCUCACUGCAGGCCCUGGCCCAGGUGCAGCCCUGCUGGGCUGGGGCUUGGCUGCCUGCCACCAGCCAGGCAGCUGAGCCCGGCCAGCGGCUCCCAGAGGAUGCUUUGGUUUCAGAGGUCAGGUUUGAGUUGCCUUUUCAGGGAUGGAGGAGCAGGAUGGGGAGCUGCUCUGCUGAGCAUGGCCAGGCAGCAGUUUUCCUUAUGAUGCCCCAGCCGGUCCUGCCCCAACAGUUUUCUUGCUGGGUUUCAGCUCUCCAUGGCUGAGAACUCAGCCCCAGGGUGGCUGAGAGGUGCAGCUGUAACCGUGCUGUAGGUGGGGCUGGUCCCCUGCUCCAUGAGCUCUCCGUUGCUGGUUCCCACACUGAACUACGGGGUAAUACUGCUUUUCUCUGAGGCUUUGCUGCCUGGGCUACGGGGGAAGCCAGUGGGAUAGCCCUGGAGAUGCAGCAUCACGCAUUAUCCCAGGGUGCAGUGGCUCUGCGAGGUGGGGCAGAGAGCCAUGGGGUGCGUGGCACCUCAGUGGCACCAGGAAAAGGGCCAGCCAAGCCACCCUCAGCCAGGACCAUUCUGGUGGUGGGUGUGAUGAGAGUCCUGUUCUCUGCAGCGUUAGCUGACUGUGCUAUCCCUGUUCUGUCCUGCUGGGCAGUGGGCACAGGUACCUCUGCUGUUGCCUCAGGGAGCCACCGGCACCCUAACGCGCCGGGCUGGCCCUGGCAGAGCUGAGCCGGGGACACAUUGCAACAAAGAGAGGAAGCAGCAGGAUCUGGAAGGGCCAGGCUGCUGGUAGUUCCCAUCCUCUUCCCAUUAACACGCCUUGCAGAGGGAAAUGCUGUUGGUGCACUGUGUGGGUACAGCUCUGUCUGCGUGAGAAGCCGGAACUCAGGUCUGGGAUCAUCUCCUGCUUGCUGGUGCUCGGUCAUGUGCUGAGUCGUCCCCAGCGUGCCUUGAGCUGCCUGGGAGCCUGGAUGUGUGGGUGUUUACCCCACCAACUGCUCUGCAGGAGAAGAAGAGGCUCCUCCAGCUCUCGGCUCCACAGCGGGUGCCAGCGGCUGAUUUAUCACGGCUGCUCCUGGCUGCACAUCCCGGCACAGGAGGUUGCUUGCGGCCAGGCUCCGCUCCCGGUGUUCGCAGGCUGCAAUAGCGGCUCAGUGUGUCUGCUUGCAGUGGGGAUGCGUGUCCCCAGAUCCACAGCGCUGCCCAGAAUACAAGAGGGGGUUGUUUCCAUGAAGGUGCUGCUGCGACAGCUGUGGCUUUGUGGUCUGCAGUGAGGGCACAGCAGAAGGUGCUGGAGGAGCACAGGUUGAUGCCAGAGCAGAGGUUGUGCCAUGAGUUGGGUUUAAACUCAUGAACGCAUAAAGCAGGUGCUAAAAAUGAACAUGGCUGGGCUGUGGUAGAGAGUCCCAGGCAAGACAGCCUGGGCAAGGCUCCAUGGCAGCCAUCCCACACCGUCCCCUCCCGCAUCCCCAGCGCAGCCCAUCUCACGUCAGGGCGGCGUUAGCAGCUCUGUGCUCGACAGCCGCAGCCGAGAUACCCGGAGGUCACAGGUGUCUUGCCCUUCGACCCCUCCGAGGCGUGAAUCUAAUCGCUCUGGGCUGGGCUGUCCCUGACACUGGCAGGACCAUCACUGCUGGCCUCACGUCCCUGCCAGGGCUGGUGGCAGGCGGGGGGACAGGGUCUUCCCAGAGCAGCUGGGCUGUGCCCCAAGGGGAUUUAGGAUCUGCCAGAGGGACCCUCCCAGGGAGGCACUUUGCUGUAGGGAGCACAGGGACAUUGUGGUCUCCGGUUCCCAGCCCCGUGGGUGGCAGAGCCCUAGGCUAGAGGGGCAGAAUUUGGCCUCUGUGGUGUCCUUGCUGGUGAUGGCUCUGCACAGGGGCUGUGGGACACCCCAUACCCCCUCCAUGCCUCUAGCCCCUGCUCCCCUGAUGGGCUCUCAGGGGGGUGGAAACCCCUGAGCUGCAGCACACAAGGUUUUCGGGGCUGGAUAGGAAGGGUUGUUGCUAAUGGGCAGAGUAGAGGAUGAAGUGAAUGCAGGGGACAGGGAUCUUGUCUGUGGCAGGUCUGCUUUGCUAGACCUCCCAGUGCUCAGCUCACUGGGAGGAGGCAGCAUGGUCUAUUGGUGGGGCUGGGCCCGCGGGAGAUGGGAUUUUGGCUCCUGCAGAAAAAGUGGGAGCAGAGCAGAGUCAUUGGAGACCUCUGAAACCCCAUCUGAACUCCCUGGGUACUUGCUCCUGUGCCUAGUCUGGCUCCCUGCAGACCUGACCCAUCCCUGCAUACCCUGGAGAUGGUGUCCGCACCACAACGGCUGCUUGGCCAUCUUGUGCAUACCAUGGCCAUGCUCCAGGGUGGUGUGGAAGUUCCUUACCACAGCCGGUGCCUGGGAGAAGCCAGUUACAGGCUGUCUCCAGGCUCUGGCUGUGGUUUUGCCUGGGACCACGUUCCCCGCUUUCCCAAAACACAGAGAUGUGCAGCGUGGUACAGAGACCAGACAUGGCCCUGGGCAUGGGAACUGGAAAGGGGCACGGUUCCUGUGCCAGCCCAGGUGCUAACGUGGGGCGGGGGCUGUAGGGCUGACAGGAGCUGGAGGGCUGGGCUUAGAAAAGGGCUAGCAGGGGGCUUGGGGGCAGGUCCAUAGGGCUGGCCAGCAAGAUGAGGGUCUGUGGCCAAGCCAGGGGAGCAGCAGGUGCCACGGGGAGCAUGCCCAGCUUGCUGCUUCUUUGGGGUUCACUCUCGCUGGCCCUGCUGCCUCCCCCUGUACCCCUGGCUCUUGCAGGGCCAUGUGGGGUGCCCCAGGGGCUGGCUCCCUGGGGCCAGGGUCAGGACGAGCUGCGUCUCUGCUGGGCUGGGAUGUCAAAGGGGCCAUAACCCUGGUGUUUUGCAAACUCCUGGGGUCAGCAGUUCAGCUGCCACUGACACAGGGGCCUGGAGACACACACGGGCAUUUUGGGUGGAUGCUGUAAGCAAACAAAUGAAGGUAGAGUUACAGCCGACAGACACACACCCCCCUGGCCACUGCUGUUAGUUUUAGGCUUAACCCCCCCACAGGCUGGGCGCAGGAGUCUUCCUAAGAGGACCCAAACCAAAGCCAAAUUGCCUGGCCGGGCUGGCUGGGAGCUGAGGCUGGAGCUGGGCCGCAAAGGGCCAGCGUUUUGCAUCUCUGUCUCAGCUCCUCGUGGCCCUAAAGGAGCCUCUGAGCCCAUCCCACAGAGAGGAGAGUGACCCCCGGCAUUGAGUGACGGCUCCCACCUUCCUGGGUGGCCAGUGGAGCCCCCUCCCACCCAGCCUGGCUUUGACCCCCCUUUCCCAGCCCUGCCUGAUGGUGUGUGGCUGGAGACCCUGAGGAGGGUGCUGCUGCUUGGGCUGGGACUAUGAUGCUGGGGAAGUUGUGCCAGCCAGGAAUGUCUUGGGACCAGGUCCUGGAGAUGCUGUUUGGUGUGUGCAAAGGGGUCAGGAAUGAAGUGGACCUGCCUAAAUGCCAUGAGCACAUGUACCCUCAUCCAUGUGUCCCAGUGUGUCGCCCCUUCCCCAUGCACAUUUGUCAUGGCUAUUCCUGCUCAGGCUGCUCAUUUACUGACCUGUUAGAUGCAGAGCAGAUUUGCACAAAAACGCUCAGCCUUGGGUUUAAAUCACGCAGGGCUGGGGAUGCCACCUUCUCCCUGAGCUGCUCCCAUGUGAACUGCCCUCACUGGGAGCCUUCGGUAUUUGUUUCUGGCUUGCCUAGCUCAUGCCCAGCUGUGGGACUCUGUGUGGACCCCUUCCCAAGCUGGGUGGCUGCAGAGCCAUCCCAAUUCUCUCUCCUUGCAGAUGGAUGCAGCCUUAGGGUGCAUGUCCCCUUCGGUGUCCUCCACAAGGCUCCUGGCCUUGCUCAGCUCUGCCAGAUCUUUACCCAUGUGCCUGGCUCACCUCUGAGCCCUCCCCCAUGCACUGGGUGUGGAUGCCAGAGAUGAAAAUAGCACUGGUCUCAUCAGAGCCAAAUGUAGCCAUGAGGCGGAUGCUUAACACCAGUGGAAAAAUCCCUCUGUGCAUCCAUGGACAGCCCUGGAUGAACUCCUGCUCUGCCUGGGGACCAGGAGCGAAGCUGCCAAAUGCUGAGCCACCCAAGGCUGCCCCUGCCGUGCUGGCAGCCCUGCUGAUGUGGGUGGUGAGUUCUCCUCCAUAUCACCCAGCCUGGAUGGAAAGCAGAGCCUAGCUUUGACUUCUCUGGUCCACAGGAUCAUCGCUGCCUGGGAGUCAGUACGUGGCCACCAAAGGAUGAUGGAGCCAAUAUUGAUGUCAGCACUUCCAGGAGCACAGCCUGAAAUUAUGGAAGCAAAAGCCACAUUUCUAGAAAGCUGCUGGGCUGGAGGGACAAGUAGUGACAAAAUGGUCUCCAAAGGGCAGAGGAGGGAGCCCAGUUCCCUGAAACGAAGCCAUGAGAGCAGGCUGCUGAAGAGGGACCUAACAGGGCCACGUCAGCCAGGUUGGUCCUGCAUAGGGGUGGGCACAGCUCCAGGGGGCUGUGACCAGAACACAGGGACGGUCUCCUAGCCUGGCGUUCCCACCGCCCAUGAAACAUGCCUCAACCCUGCUGCUAGUAAUUGAAUAGAGAGGAGAAUUAAUUGUGAGCGGGCUGUGUCUCCCCUCCCCUCGUUUGCCUCAGGGCUGCCUUGGCGCUGUGGGUAGCGAAGACAAGGUCAUUCCCAUGUAACACAUCCCGGUGGGGUUUGGCCAAGUUCCUUCCCUUCGAGGGGGGGGGGGGGGGGGGGCGCAGGUUAAUGGCGAGCGGUGGGAUCGCCCCAGGCUGCUCUGCGCUGCUCAGCCAUGGAGGAGCUGCUGUUGCCUCCGAAACGCCCCAUUAAUGCUGCAGUCCCUUUGUGAAGGAUCAGCGGACAGGGCUGGGGGUGCUGGGCUGUGGGGCUGGGGCUGGGAAGGGUGAGGGUGGAGCGGGCUAGCAUCCCUCUGGCUCUGCUGGGAAGCCUCCACGUGUUUAUUCUGGGGUGGCAAAAGCUGGUGUAUGGCCAAGCAUUCUCCAGGCAUGGCUGUAAAGUGUUACAGGAUCCUGGUUUUCAUGUUUUGGCUCUCCAUCAUAUGGUGUUGGAGGGGAGAGAGAUGGUCGGGUGCAGCUGCCCACGCUCCAGUGUCCUCAUCUUUGUGUGCCCCAGCCUUUGGCUAACUCUCAGCCCCAUGCCAGCCAACCCACUGCCUACACUGUCUGUUCCCUUUCAAAGGCAACUUCCCUGCAGACUCUCUGAGCCCUCUGUGCCUGCAGAGAGGAGGCCUUCUGGCUCAGUGUUGCAGUGUGCCGUUGCAGGUGCUGCUCUCUUCCAUCAGUCGGGAUUAGCGCUGUGGUCCUGUCUAUGUCCUUGGCCUGGCAGGAGCAGGGAACUGUGCCUGUUGGCCCUUUUCUGCCAGUGACAGCAAUGUUCUGUUUGCUUCUCUGCCUGAUAGUUUCCCCUGGUAAAGAGAUGUUCAAGCCAAACCUCCUGUGGGUAUUUUGCUGGCGACCCCUCACCCCAAAUUCUCCCAGCCUCCUCUUGUGAUGUGAACUCCCAGUUUGCUAGGAGCCCUUGUCUCCACUCUCCCCCAUUCGGACUGGUUGCCCCUAAAGCCGUGGUUGGCAUUGCUUUUCUUGGCUCUGCCUUUCUGAAAGAACUCUUGUUAGUGGGGAGAUUUUAGGCUGGUGCUCAGGGAGGAGCUGGUAACAGCUACACCUUGCUGGCUUUGACUUCUUGUGGGGAGCAGGGGCUUGCUCUGCUGUCCCUUGCCCUGCAGGAGGAGAGGGGUGUCUGUGGACCACUUCUGACCUGGACUGGGCCAGAUGGGGAUGGUGCCCUAGAAGAAGCAGGCUGGAAGCUGGUGCUGGGACCUGGGCUGUGUCCUGCAGAUGUGUGAAGGGACAUCCUGGGAGAGAGCAGGGAGGCUGCUGGGGUGGCCCUGGUUGGGGGGGUGUAGUGCUGAGGGUCACCGCGGGAAUGGGGGAAGAUGCCCCCCGGCACCCCUUGCACUCUCUCCAGUCUCUGCUGUACGGCAGCACAUGCAGUGCCCUCCCAAGGGGUCUCAGAGUCCCUCGCCUGAUGCCCCCUCCGUUUCCUCAAAUGCUCUCCUGGUCUGCUCACUGCCAGACCACAGUCUAGGCUGCUCCAGGAGCUGCCCCCGUAGUUCCUGGCUGACAGGAGGCUCUGUGUGGGGUGCAAAGGGGAGGUGGAGGCAGGGAAGGUUUGAGAGCAAGCCUGGACCCCAGCUGGGCUGGGACAGCCAUCUCCAUGUCCUGGUUCCUCUCUUGGCUCCUGCUUCUUGGUGUUGCAGCCCUGCGGCUGCACCAGAGCACCCUCAGCUUUACGGGAAAAGGGGUGAAAGGGCUGCAGCUCACACCUUUGGUGUUUGAUGCUUCAUCUGCAACAUUUAACAUCCCUGAAGAACACAAAAUACAUGAGCUGUUUUCUGAGGGAAACACGCUCCUGUGCCUGCCCAGCCUAAAUAUGGUCCCAGUUCUGCAGAUCAGGGCAAUGGAGCAGUGGGGCACCAGGGUAGCACCUGAUGAGACCUUGCUGGUAGCCUCCUCCAGGGAUCACAGCCUGACGGCUGCCUGGAGCGCUGGGGACGCAGCAGGUCCCCAAAACUUUCUGCCAGGAGGUGACUUCUUCCACCAGCUCCACAGCAGCUUGGCCUGAGGCCCAGCUGGUCUCAGGAGUGCAGGGUCUGGGGUUUCUCUGCUCCACAGGAGAGCCAGACAAGCCAUUUAGCCUCAAUGCCUGGGGAUGGAGGAGACCCUCACCCCGUGGACCAGGGGGCUUAGCUCAGAUGGCCUGUGAAGGAGCUGAUAGGCAGGCUGAUUUCCCUUGUGCUGCCUUGCACAGGAGAGAGGCUUUCCAAAAAGGUUUGGUUUUUACUUAAAAAACAAACGGGGGGGGUGGUGGUAGUGUCAUUCUUGAUGCAAGCAUGGGUGACCCCGUGGUGGGCUGGGAAGCACCAAGGGAAGGACGCAAAUGCCUCUGUGCAGGCACCCGACUUCCCUGCAAGAAGCAGAUCAUGGCCAUGAGCCAAGGCAGCAGCACAGGUAGGAUGAGCCCAGCAGCUGUGAUGCUGCCUGUCCCCAGCUACCGUCACCAACCUGCUCAUGUCUCUCCCCUGCCCAAAGGUGGGGAAGGAUGGGGGCUGUGGAGGCUUUGGCUGUGGGCCCGAGGAUGGCUGGCAGGAGCAUCGUCUGUCAUCCGCUGUCAGGCGAAGUGUGGCCGCCCCUGGGUGAUCCCGCACCGGCUUGAUUUUACAGCCAUGACUGGCACUUGAGCCUGUUUGCUGAGGGCAGGGGGCACGCGGGGCUGUCAGCUCACGGCUGCCUCUGACCCCGUACGGGACACCAUAAAUCUCCUGGUUUAAGGCAGCCUGGGCUGUUCUGGACAUAGUGCUGUUGAACACGGUGUGUGGUGUGCAGGAUAAUGUGCGGCCCGACCCUCUGCCUGCUGGAGGUAAAGCAGCGGUGGCUGCCGGUGAGCAAAAGCAACAUCUAGGAAAUAAUGCCUAAAUCCCUUUAAUUUUUUAUAUAUAAAAAACCGAGGAUUGUCUGAAUUUAGAGCAUUGGGAAUAUCUAGUGCUGCCUGUUCCGGUUUUGCCUGGUUUUCCUUAGGCAACCCGGAGAGGUGGAUACGGGGAGCUGCCUCACCCGUGCUGUGGCACAUCAGCUGUUUGCACAGCUCAACGUGGAGGGUUUUUAUCCCAAGCAUGUGCUGAACCGACAAGCUGAGUGUGUGAUUGUGUGCUGUCCCUGGAAACCUGCCCCUGCUGCAGCUGAGCACCUUCAGUACCCAUCCUGCCCAUUCCUGUGGUGCUCCUAAAGACUUCCAGUUAAACACAGGCUUGGCCUAGGACUUCUUUCUACAUGUAGGAAAACCCCUCAGAAACAUCCUUCUGGCCUUUUGCACCAAGAAAAAGGGAAGAAAAAUGCACAAGGGGCUGAUUUUGUGGGAAUUUUUUGCCAGAACAAGGCAGUUGCCCGCCCUGUGCUGUGCUAGGUCUGACGAUACUGAUGCAGGGGCUGUUUUUCUCCUUGAGCCCUGUGGGGUCAGCCCAGGGACGGGGCAGUGCCCAGGCUGCCUUGCCCGCCUGCAGCACCCCCUAACAGUGAUGAUGCUGGGCAAGACCAGGUGAGACCCCUGGGAGAUCCAUCCCUGGAGGUGCGUUUUGGGGUGAAAAGCUGAGUGUGCGGUGGGGAGAGGCGUGGGGGCACGGGUGCCUGGGGUUGCUGGGUGCCCGAGCAAAGGGGGAAAACGCGCGAGCUGGACGUCAGCGCGUGUGUGAGAGAGAGAAAUGUCCUGUGACUGCAGCUGGCGCGUGCCUACGUGUGCAAGGUGUGGGGGGGUAUUUUUGGGGUAGGGGUGAGCAGAGAGGAGCGCGCGUGUCCGUGCCGGGGGGCGCGCAGCGUGCGUGUACAGGGUUGCGCGUGCGUAGGGGGGCUGCGCGUGCGAGGGGUGCGAGCGGGAAGGAGGGGGCCGCGCGGGAAAGGCCGUACGGGUGUGCAAGCUGUUGCGUGCGUGAAAGGGUCUGUGCGGGGGGGGGGGGGGGGGGGGGCUGCGUGGGUGCGCGCGCCAGGGCUGCGUGCAAGCACACGUGUGUGUGCGGGAGGGCUGCACGGGCGUGUGCCCGGCGGUGUGCGUGUGCAGGCGGGCCGUGCACGCGCGUGUGUGCCCGUGCGGCGGUGCGGCCCGCCGCUCUGUCACUCAGAGGCCGGCUGACAGGAGCUGCCUCUCCAGCGGCGGCAGAUAGCGCUGAUUGCUGAUUCGAGGAAACAAAAUAGCAAUUGUAAUUAUGGGCUCUGAUAAGAUAAAGGAGGGCGCGGGGAGCGCGGGGACCGGCAGCGGGGCACGGCCGGCAAAUUAGCAGCUGUCACUCAGCGCCGAGCGAGGCGGCGCCGGCCCCGGCCCCGGCCAGGUACCGGCCCCGGGGGCCGCCCGCCGCAGCCCCGCCGCAGCCCCCGCCCCGGUGCGCAACAGGUGGCGGGGCCGGGAGCGCCGGGGCUCGCCGGAACAAUGCAGCCCUCGGCGGCCCUGCCCGGGCUGCGGGGCUGAGCCCCGUCCCGCCGCCGCCGCCGCCCGGCCCCAUGGCCCCGCACCGCCGGCCCUGAGGGCGCCCGCCCGCCCCACCAGGACGUGCCGGCAGGGCGAGAGGAGGCGAGGAGCCGAGGCAGCGCCGCGCCGCGCCCCCCCGGGCGCUCCCCGCCGCCGCCGGGCCCCGGGCUCCCGGCCCCGCACCGGCGCCGCGAUGGACCCCUGCUCCUCGCUCUUCAGCUACGUGUUAAUGCACUUGUUCGUCCUCUGCCUGCAAGCCCAGGUAACUGUUCAGUCCCCACCUAAUUUUACACAGCAUGUGAGGGAGCAGAGCCUGGUGACGGAUCAGCUCAGCCGGCGGCUCGUCCGUACCUACCAGCUGUACAGCCGGACCAGCGGGAAACAUGUGCAGAUCUUGGACAACAAGAAAAUCAAUGCGAUGGCAGAGGAUGGGGAUGUGCACGCCAAGCUCAUCGUGGAGACGGACACCUUCGGGAGCCGCGUGCGCAUCAAGGGGGCGGCCACAGGUUUCUACAUCUGCAUGAACAAGAAGGGGAAGCUGAUCGGCAAGAGCAACGGCAAAGGCAAGGACUGCGUCUUCACGGAGAUCGUCCUGGAGAACAACUACACGGCGCUGCAGAACGCCAAGUACGAGGGCUGGUACAUGGCCUUCACCCGCAAGGGCCGCCCGCGCAAGGGCUCCAAGACCCGGCAGCACCAACGGGAGGUACAUUUCAUGAAGAGGCUUCCCAAGGGCCACCAGACCACCGAGCCCCACAGACGCUUUGAGUUCCUCAACUACCCCUUCAACCGGAGAAGUAAAAGGACUAGAAACUCCAGCUCCAGGGCAGGCCCUUGACGUGCCUGCCUCUGCCUGCCCUGCCUGGACCUCUCCUGGAGGACUCUCCUCUGAGCUUGGUGGACUAUAUGUAGAGACUUUCCCAUAUGGAUAUUAAACAAAAAAACAAAAAAAAAAAAGGAGGGGGGGGAGGAUUAAAAAAAAAAAU